UCCAACUGUCGGUGAAUGUGCACACAACACCGAUCCUCGUCAGAGUUAAUGUGCACACGACACCGACACUCGUCAGGGAAGUCAUUCGGUGGAUUACAAACUUCAGCAGCCACUCACGGAAUAUCCCAAGCCAUCAAGCUACUUCGUUUUAUUGAGUGCGACGCUGUAAAUUGCACUAUGAUGUGGCCAAAGAGAGCCACCGUGGUCCUCCUGGCCUUUUUUGGUUUCCUCAUUAUCUUUGGGUUCAGGACUGUCUUCACUAUGGUCAUGGUUUACGUCAUCAAAGACAACGAUAACGAUGGAGUGACCUUAUUUAAAGAGUGCACUAUAAAUGGUACAGCGUUUGACCUACAGUUGGACUGGAGUGUGGCCACAUCGCAGUAUUUUAACACGGCCUAUUUUGUGGGUUACGUCAUCACCCAAUUGCCAGGAGGAUUUCUGGCCAUCCGGUUCUAUCCUACAAAAUUGUUCGGAGGAGCAAUUUUUAUUAGCGGCCUUGGUUUCCUGAAUCUGGCAUUCUUUAUGAAGUACAGUCCAAUAAUAGCAUUUGCGACCAGAUUUCUUCAAGGCCUUGCAGAGGGUGUAUGUCAACCGGCUAUGAGUUCUGUUGUAUCCGCUUGGGCUCCGAAAUCUGAACGAGCCAGAAUAGUGGGGUUUUCAUACUCAGGAAUUUACUUGAGCGCAUCUUUGGCGUCUGUCCUAUCAGGGGCCGCCACCUGCUAUGUCAGCUGGAACGCCGGACUUCUCCUCUACGGCUGUCUGGGCAUUGUGAUGUCCUUAGUGUGGAUCUGUACAGUGUAUGACAGCCCAUCACAACACCCAUCACUAAGUAAGGAGGAAAGUCUCAUCUUCCAGAAAGAAGGUUCCAAUAUCCGCAUGGCGUCUGCAGUCGUGGCUAAACGCAUUCCCUGGAAGGGGAUAUUCACGUCACUUCCUGUUUGGACAUUAUUUCUGACUAAUUUUGCGAGAUCCUGGGUUUUUGCUACAAUAGUUACGGAAAUACCGCAGUAUUUUGCUGAUGUCUUUGGACUCAAUGUGGCAACGAUUGGAUUCCUAACAGCUUUUCCGCCGAUCAUGACGUCUGUUUUUGUAAUAUUUAGUGGAAUUCUUUUUGACAAAUUAAUUAAAAAUGAGAAAGUCUCAGUCACCGUAGGUAGAAAAAUGGCAAUUCUAAUUGGAUUUGGAUCUGAGGCCACUACUCUUUUGGCUUUAGCUUUUAUUAGAAAUUACUAUGCUGCAUUUGUCUUAUUGGUUAUUGGAGAAGGACUAGCGGGCUUUGCAAUGGCUGGAUAUAAAGUAAACCCGGUAGACUUGGCCCCACAGUAUUCCAGCAUUCUGACGGGAGUAGUGAGAUUCGGAGUGUUGGGGGCCACUGCCAGCACGGCCCUGGCUGGAUCCCUCAGACAAAAGAAUGCUGAGUCAUGGCGGCGGAUCUUGAUAAUUGCAGGAUCGGUACAUUGGUUAGCAGUAGUGAGUUACGUAAUCUUUGGAUCCGGAAAACAGCAACCAUGGGCUCAGUCAUCAUAUAUGAAUCUGGUAACACCAAACGGAGAACCCCAAAAGACUUACGGGUCUACCUUAAAAACUCCAGAGAAAGUCAAACCAGAUAUGAAUGGACUAGUGCACUGUACCCGGAAUGCAAGUGACAUUAUUCCAAGUUCCAGUGAAUAUUCAAAAAAUAUAUAGUUCUUAUUCAUUUUAGUCGUACUAUAUGUAAACAGAAUUAGAAAAUGUUAAUUAAGGAACAUAAUUCCAUAUUGCUUCGUCGUUAGUACGACAUGAUAUUGAUAUGUGGUUUGAAAUAUUUCAUUGAUACAAUGAAAAGGAUAAAAAAAAAAUUCGUACUACAACCUAAAGUUCUUCCCUUACGUAACUGAUACAUUUGUCAUGUAAAAGUAAUUUUAAAUACAAUCAUUCUGAGAGCAUUGCAUAAGCAAUAUAUGUCCCCUACCAGCGCUCCCAUUAAUUGGCGGAUGUAAUAUUCUUUUUUCCUUUAGAGUAUAAAGCCUUGUGGGCAUCAUCA